CAGCCUCAGAGAGAGAGAGAGAGAGAGAGAGAGAGAGAGAGAGAGAUAAGUUUCAACAGUGAAAGAAAAAGAGAAUGGGGUGUGUUUAUCAUCAUGGCUUCCUAAUUCCAUUACUACUCGUGGCUUUGGCCUUCUCAGUUGCCUCUGCCGCUGACCCAGCCCCUCUCCAAGAUUUCUGUGUUGCUGCCUCCACCACCAAGGAUGCUGUGGUGGUGAACGGUAAGAUCUGCAAAGACCCAAAACUAGCUGUGCUCGAAGACUUCUCCGUUUCCGGGUUCCAUAAACCCGGAAACACCUCCAACCCGCUGGGCUCGCUCGUCACCCCGUUCAAUGUGGACUACCUCCCGGGGCUCAACACCCUGGGCAUAUCCAUGGCCAGGGUGGACUACGGCCCGGGAGGGGUGAACCCUCCCCACCUCCACCCGCGCGCGUCCGAGAUGCUGGUGGUGGUUGAGGGCACGCUCUACGCCGGCUUCGUCACCACCAACUCCGACUCCCGCCUCUUCGCCAAAAUCCUCCAUAAGGGCGACGCUUUCGUCUUCCCCGUUGGCCUCAUCCACUUCCAGAUCAACAUCGGCAGGACCCCCGCCGUGGCUUUAGCCUGCUUCGGCAGCCAGAACGCCGGCGUCACCACCGUGGCCAACCGAAUCUUCUCGUCGCGGCCGCGGAUCAUGGCCGACGUCCUCUCCACGGCUUUCCAAUUGGACAAGGAAAUGGUGGAACACCUUCAAGGAAUCUCCUGGUUCGAGAACGCUGCCGGUUAAAUUUGAUUAAACGAGUUUAAAGCAGAUUGCUAUUAAUGGCGAGAUAAACUAUCACAAAUCAAUUUUCACGAGACUGUUCUAUCCUCGAUAAAUUCCGACAAGUCAUGAUGUUUUACUCUUGUGAUAGUUAUCGUUAGAUGCAUAGAGUUAUCUAAAUAAAAUUUGUGAACAAUAAUGCAUGCAUGCAAGCAAGCUUUGGAAUGAAUAAUUUGUUCGUUGAUGGA